UAAUUUAACGUUAGGAAAAGCUUCACAUGCCCUGCCCAUGCCCUGCGGCCUCACUGUCUUGUGUUGUACCGAUCCUAAAUGUACCUUCCCUGGUUUUGAAAAAGCUUAAACGUUUGCUUCCUUAGCUACCCUCUCUCUCUGAUCCCCCCCUCUUCACACCGUUGACUUUGACAUUAUUUCAUCUUGCACCCCAAAUAACCAGUGUUCCAUUCAUCCAUCAUUGCCUUGACUUCCCUUCAUGGCUGACCAAGCCCUUCCUAAAGUCAUCCCCUCGAUCCCAAGCACAGUUUCUGCUGCUGCUCCUCCUGUCCCAUCGUAACAAGAUGAGCAACAACGGCACGGAUAAUUCCUCUGGAUUCCUAGGAUCCAACAACAUUAGUGGAUUCGGGUAUGGCAUAGGAAUAUCAAGUGGGAUUCUGCUGCUCGUCACCACCAUCACCCUCACUUCCUAUUUCUGCACCAGAACACAGUCACCGUCUUCUCCGUCUGCCUCACCCGCUCAGAGAAAUCUCCCCACGUUCCUUGAGCCGCAUCACACGGUGGUGGAUGUGGGGAUAGACGAAGCCACCAUUCUGAGCUACCCCAAGCUGCUGUAUUCUGAGGCCAAGCUCCAAAAGCCAGAUUCCACGGGGACGUGCUGCUCCAUUUGCCUAGGAGAUUAUAAAAGCAGGGACAUGCUUCGGGAGCUACCUGAUUGUGGCCAUAUAUUCCACCUCAAGUGCAUUGAUCCGUGGCUCAGAUUGCAUCCGACGUGUCCUCUCUGCAGAACAUCUCCUGUCCCGACACCACUCGCAACACCUCUCGCCGAGGUGGUUCCGUUGACCACCAUGCGGGCACCAUAAUCGUAGGGAGUAGCAACACUUGAUCAAAGCAGAAUCAGAAUCAGAAUUCUGAAAUGCUUUUACAUCGCUGUCACGUUAUGGAAUUAAGACGCAGUUAUUGAUAGACCAUUCUUUCUCUUCUGUGGGUUUUUUUCCUCCGUCUCUCGUUUGAUUUGAUAUUGUAAAUUCUUUCCCAUUGUGGCAGUGUCCAUCAGUUUUUUUUUUUUUUUUAAAUAUUGUUCAAUUUCUGAUUAAUUUACCUGGACACUUUGGAAUGUCUAGUUUCUCCA